GCCGGACUCGAGCUUCGCGCAUUACCGCUUAUUAGAGAGCCAUGGAUAUAGCAUACGACCACAUCCAAGAGGAGAUCUUCUCCCCCCACGACACCUCCAAAAAGGAGGGAUCCGCGCAAGACGAGACAAAACCACAGCAGUCGAACGUCGAUCUCAAUGCCGAGCUACAGGAAACCUUCCGCGCCUUUUCGGCGAGCCCGUGGGGCGUCCGCAUUGGUGGAAUAUGGGACAAUGUUCGCAGGCAAGGAGAGACCUACUACGAGGGCGCGAAACAGGAGUAUGCCGCGGCCAGCGAGGAAGCCGUCAAGGGCUUCUCGGAUCUGAGACAGAGUAUCGUCGGGCGCACGCGGGGUCUAUCUCUGAGCACGCCGUUUAAUGCUGGGUCCGCGGAUAAGGAGGGCGGGGAGACGCCGGCUACGACUGAGGCGUCGCGGUCGGUGGACGCUCAGGGGGAGUCAAGUGCGGGGGAGGGCUUCCUGUCUCGGUUCAGGGCGGAAGCGGCUAGACGACUUAGGGAGAUUGAGAAGGCAGAGGAAGCUGCCGAUGAGGCUAUCUUGCGGUUUGGGAAGAAUAUUGGCCAGAAGUUGCGCGAUGCUGUUAGCAUUGUUCCUCCGGGUUCGGACUCGUCUAGCAAGCUCCUCUUUGAGAGUAAGGAUGCAGAGGGCAAGAGAGUCAUUCAUGCUACUCGGUUCGAGGCUCAGUUACAUGUUAUUCACUCCAAUAUGGAGAGUUUCACCAAGGAUCCCGUUAGCGAUGAGUGGCCUUUGUUCAAGGAGAAGUUCAAUGUGGACAAUAAGACCGCUGAGAUCGCCGCCGAUCUUGAGAAGUACCCUGAGUUGCGGUCUGCUAUGGAGAAGGUCGUACCUGAGCAGGUUGACUAUGCUAGCUUCUGGUGCCGGUAUUAUUUCCUACGUCUGGUUAUCGAGACUGAAGAGCAGAAGCGCAAGCAGCUUCUUAAGGGCGCCAAUGUGAAUGAUGAGGAAGAAGUUGGCUGGGAUGAUGAUUCUGAUGAUGAUACCGAUUCUCCCUCUACCCCUCAAGCCAAAGUUGACCCGAAGGCCAAUGUUGCCCAGAGCUCUGCCCCUGCUGCCCCCGACAACAAAUUGCUGAAGCCUAGCGAGCCCCGCAAGUCCAAUGACCAGCAGUCCCAACCUGACAGUGAAUCCAGCUAUGAUCUGGUCAGCGGCGCUACCAGUCGGACUCCUGCUAGCCCCAAGGAGAAGGCAAAGGAUGACGACAGUGAUGAUGACUGGGAGUAAGAAGCGAAAUCAGUUGGACAAUAGAACACGGUACUAUUAAUAGUUGUAACUUGGCCAAUCACUUGACCACUGGCUGGUCUGAAUAUCUUCUGAUAACGGAGGUGCAAGGAGUUAGGAUCGUGGUUUCUUUCUAUCUACUCUAAUUGGCGUUGUGGGAUUGUUUCCGAGGUCCUGCGUUCUUCAGCGAUUUAUCUGAUAUCAAUAUAUAGUGUACUGUAACGUAUACGUUGAAUAUUUCUGAAUACAUACGCUAUACAGGUUGCUCUAAG